CCACCUGCACCUCCCUUGCCCUCCACCAGGGGUUGCCCCUGGCAGGAUUUGGCCCUGGGCCUAGCCCUGCUGAGCCUGGCCUGCAUCCCAGGCUUGCAGUUGUGAUUUAUUUUUGGCACUUCAGCUUUCCGUCAUCAGUUAGCAAAACCCCAAAGAAAAGCACAGGAUAUCUUACUCUGGCCACAAGUGUCUGCUCAGGACACAGCUUCAGCCUUCUGUUGUCCCUUCUCCUCCAGGGGCUCUGGGACCUCUGGGAUUCUUCUCACAUUCACUCAAGGGCCUGCCAAGACUAACAGGGACCCUGGGACUCACCCUGAGGAGCUACUAUGACGCGGGAUGAGGGACUGCCAGACUCUUAUUCCACACAGGGCUUCUAUGAGAACUACGAGCCCAAGGAGAUUCUGGGCAGGGGAGUCAGCAGUGUGGUCAGGCGCUGCAUCCACAAGCCCACAUGUCAGGAGUACGCUGUGAAGAUCAUCGACAUCACCGGUGGAGGCAGCUUCAGCCCCCAGGAAGUGCAGGAGCUGCGAGAGGCCACACUGAAGGAGGUGGACAUCCUGCGCAAAGUCUCUGGACACCCGAACAUCAUACAACUGAAGGACACUUAUGAGACCAACACCUUCUUCUUCCUGGUGUUUGACCUGAUGAAGAGAGGGGAGCUCUUUGACUACCUCACUGAGAAGGUCACCUUGAGUGAGAAAGAAACCAGAAAGAUCAUGAGAGCCCUGCUGGAAGUGAUCAGUGCCUUGCACAAGCUCAACAUUGUACACCGGGACCUGAAGCCUGAGAACAUCCUCUUGGAUGACAACAUGAAUAUCAAGCUCACGGACUUUGGCUUUUCCUGUCAGCUGCAGCCGGGAGAGAAGCUGAGAGAGGUCUGUGGGACCCCCAGUUACCUGGCCCCGGAAAUCAUUGAGUGCUCCAUGAACGAUGACCAUCCAGGCUAUGGGAAGGAGGUGGACAUGUGGAGCACAGGGGUCAUCAUGUACACCCUGCUGGCUGGCUCUCCACCCUUCUGGCACCGGAAGCAGAUGCUGAUGCUGAGGAUGAUCAUGAGUGGCAACUACCAGUUUGGCUCCCCGGAAUGGGAUGAUUACUCAGACACCGUGAAGGACCUGGUAUCCCGCUUCUUGGUAGUGCAGCCCCAGAACCGCUGCACUGCGGAGGAGGCCUUGGCACACCCCUUCUUCCAGCAGUACGUGGUGGAAGAGGUGCGGCACUUCAGCCCUCGUGGCAAGUUCAAGGCCAUUGCGCUGACCGUGCUGGCUGCAGUGAGGAUCUACUACCAGUACCGCCGCGUGAAACCGGUAACCCGGGAGAUCGUCAUCCGCGACCCGUAUGCGCUGCGGCCGCUGCGCCGCCUCAUCGACGCCUACGCUUUCCGCAUCUAUGGCCACUGGGUGAAGAAGGGUCAGCAGCAGAACAGGGCCGCGCUCUUCGAGAACACACCCAAGGCCGUGCUCCUCUCGCUGGCCGAGGAAGACUACUGAGGGGCGGUGGGGCAGGCAGCCAUGAGACCCCGCAUUGGCCUGUGUGUGAGGAGCACCAGGGCCCAGCUUGAAUCCUCGGAUGCAGGCGGCUGUCCCUGCAAGGCCUCCGCAAGAAGAGCAGCGUGUGCGUGUGCACCGCAUGGCGAUAAAUGUAGAACAGGUGUGGUCUGAAACAACCACGAGUCCUCCUGCUUCUCCACGGCCCAGCCUGCACCAUCCCAGUUUCCUUCCAUGGGGAGCCAGGGUUACUGACAGUUGGAACCCUUCCUAAGGGUGCCAGGGUGAGGAUCAGCCAGGUGUGGUGGCGCACACCAUGAUGCCUGCGACUUUGGAGGUUGAGGCAGGAGGAUGAAGGUCAAGACCAGCCUGGGCAACACAGAAAGACCCCCGUCUCAAAAUAAAUAAAGAAAGCUGGGGAUGGGGCUCAGGUAGGCGUAAAGCAACCCUGGGUUCGAUCCCCAGUACCAAAAAAGAGAAAUGUCUGAGAUACACAAUUGCAAGUUUAUUGAUGUGGUGACAUCUGAUGACAUGGAGCAGGUUUUUUGCUAGGGAUGUUUUUAGAGGCAUCAGAAGCUCCUAUACAAGUAAGACAUAUAAUUAACAUCAGAAGAGAGCCAGCACAGUGGCAGGCAGCUCAGGAAGCUGAGGCAGGAGAAUCAUGAGUUCAAAGCCAGCUUCAAGAAGAAGCAAGGCUUCAAGCAACUCAAUGAAACUCUGUCU